UCUCCCCUUUCUCGUUUAAGAGCACAUACAAGGUUGCAAUUACUCAUGCAAAAUAAAGCUGAGGGAAUUUAAUUCCUUCCCACCCCUCAACAAAAACUGGCAUGAGGGGAACAACCUUUAGAAGAGACAAGUUUUGCUUUAAAUUCAUCUCUUAAGUACUCAACCUAUCUCUCAGAGUCCCUAGGUAGAUCUUGUUUAGUUCCUGUUCCAUUUUUCCAUAGCAGCAUAAAAGGAGAAGAAAGAAGAUAUCAAGAAAUGGAAUGAAGGAGAAUUGAAAGAGGAUAACAAUAAGGAAAUGACAGCUGAGUGCAGUUACCCUGAAGACAAUGAUAGCAUCAUUGUGGAGAGGCGCAAAGAUAGCUUAAUCAGAACUUGUCCUACAUGUGGGCACCAUGUCAAGUACCAAGAUCAGGGUGGUGGAAUUCAUGACUUACCUGGACUGCCUGCUGGAGUGAAGUUUGAUCCAACUGAUCAGGAGAUUCUUGAACAUUUGGAAGCGAAGGUUCGCUCUGAUAUUCACAUGCUUCACCCUUUAAUUGAUGAGUUCAUUCCUACUCUUGAAGGAGAGAAUGGAAUCUGUUGUACCCAUCCAGAGAAGUUGCCAGGAGUUGGCAAAGAUGGCCAGAUUCGCCAUUUCUUUCACCGGCCAUCGAAAGCCUACACAACAGGAACAAGGAAAAGGAGAAAGGUGCACACAGAUUCCGAUGGGAGCGAGACCCGGUGGCAUAAGACAGGGAAGACUAGGCCAGUCUAUAUCAGUGGCAAGCUGAAAGGUUACAAGAAAAUUCUGGUGCUUUACACUAACUACAGAAAGCAGAGAAAGCCUGAGAAAACAAACUGGGUCAUGCACCAGUACCACCUUGGCAACAAUGAAGAAGAGAAGGAAGGGGAGUUGGUGGUCUCCAAAGUAUUCUACCAAACACAGCCUAGACAAUGUGGUGGUUCUGGUUCACUUAUAAAAGACUCAUUUCCUGCAAAAGUACUAAAUGGUCACGAUCAGGUAGCUAAUCAUAAUCAUAAUAACAGUGGCUAUGUUGAGUACUACAGUAAUGCUUCUUCUUUCAUAUCCUUUGAUCAAGGGGAACAGCAACAUAGGUCUAACAAUGCUCAAGUAAUUUCGCAUUUUGAUGGUGCUCCUUUCAUUAAUCCUUGAAAGAAGUGGUGGAUGGAGGUUACAAAAUUACAAUUGUACUCUGCAAUGGAAAAAAUAAAUUAAUAACAGACAGUAGUUAAGGAGGGGAAAAGGCUGCAAAGAAUAAGGAGAAAUUGCUUCAUCUAAACAUUAUACAUACAAAGCAAAGAAAAAGAAGAUUUGGUGGCUGUAACUUUUUUCUCUGUUUCUUUUUGUUUUAAAAUUUUGUAGCUGUUAUCAUGCUUUGUACAAUGACACCAAACAUACAUACAUGUCAAAGGCUUCAUGUCCCUACUCAGGUGAAUACUAACCAUGAAUCUGUACAAACAUGACUUUUACCUUAAGCAGAUUAUGUCUGUUUUA